CGCUCCGCCCGAGUGGUAGCCUCUGUCUCCCGGCCAGCAGCCCCCCGACCAGCAGCAGCAGCAGCCAUGGCGGACGUGGAGGUGCAGAUGCAGUUCACGACGACGGAGCGCAAAGUGCGCAAGGUGAAGAAGACGAGCAAGACCGCGCGCCGGGAGAGCACCGACAAUGUCAUCGACAGCGAAGUCACCAUCACCGAACUCGACAAGGAGAACCAUCUCACCAACACCAACGAACAGGGCGGCGAGUACACCAAGGCGAUGUCCAAGGAUUGGCACUCGGGCCACUUCUGCUGCUGGCAGUGCGACGAGUCGCUGACGGGCCAGCGCUACGUGCUGCGGGAUGACCACCCGUACUGCAUCAAGUGCUACGAGUCGGUGUUCGCCAACACUUGCGAGGAGUGCAACCGCAUCAUUGGCAUCGACUCGAAGGAUCUGUCCUACAAGGACAAACAUUGGCAUGAAGCUUGCUUCCUGUGCACCAAGUGCCGCGUGUCCCUGGUGGACAAGCAGUUCGGCUCCAAAGCUGACAAGAUCUACUGCGGCAACUGCUACGACGCCCAGUUCGCGUCCCGCUGCGAUGGCUGCGGCGAGAUCUUCCGAGCAGUUUUAGAAUUGUUGCCUUUGGUUUUUGAAGUUCAUGAUGACAGAAAAUCAUCUGGUGUGUUAAAAUAA